GCCUGGGAGGGGAUUUCGGGAUCAUCCAGCCAACAGCAAUUCCUGCUCCUGCAGUAACCCCCACAAUUCCAGCUUCUGGGAUUGCUGUUAAACCACACCAGGCUGGCUGUGCCCGUUCAGUGAUCGGCAGUUAGUCCUGGCCGCUCCUGAGGAUCCCCAGGACAUGAUGGAAUUUGACUCAUUCCAGAUUUCUGGCUUUGGUGGCGCAGAUGUGAAGCACAGAGCAAUUCCACACGGAAUUCCAGGAGGUACCAACACUAUUAGAUGGAGACUGCUUGUGCGGGGCUGUGGGAAGGGAAUCAUGGACAAGCUGCAUGUGGGAGGCACAGAAUCGUCGGGAAAUUUAUCCAGGAGAAGCGGGAAACGUGGAGGAGGCGCAGGCAGGGAGGGACGAGCGGGCAGCGCAGGCCUCAGGCAGGGCCGCGGCAAAUCCCAGAGCCGGGACCAGCUCUGCGACAUUCCUGCUGGAAAACCUGGUGGUUCCCACGCUAAAUUUGGGAUUUCGGGAGAAUCUGGAGGCCAAACGGGAUCAGAGCGGGCGGGAUCCCGGCGGGCUCGGCCUGCGCUCGCAGGGAACAGCGACAGCACGGGAGGGAACGGCCUCAGGGGAGGCACACCGGGACAAUCCCUCCCGGGAAGGGCCGUGCCGCGUCCCCGUCCCCAUUCCCGUUCCCGUUGGGAUUUGACCCCGGCUCCGGGCCCGCCUGCCGUGCCGGGGUCACCGCGCCGCUUCCGGGGCGCCGCUUCCGGUUGAGCCAUGGCGGCGCUUCCGCUGUGGGCGGGGCCUGUGCCGGAAGCGCGUGCGGGUGAGGGGGCGGGAGGCGCCGGGACCCCCCCGAGCCCCCCCGGGACCCGCGGGGCCCCCCGGCCAACAUGGCGGGGCAGGCGCAGGAGCCGAUGACCUUCGAGGACGUGGCGGUGUUCCUGAGCCGGGCCGAGUGGGACGCGCUCACGGCGUGGCAGCGGGAGCUGUACCGGGAUGUCGUGUCCGACACCUACGAGCUGCUGACCUCCCUGGGUUAUCCAGGCCCCAAGCCUGACAUCCUGCACCGGUUGGAGCGCGGGGAAGAGCCGUGGAUCUGCUCAUCCCCAGGACACGCUGGGAGCUGGCUGGAGGAGCCUUCCUCUGGGGGGUGGCCCAGAGCCAGUGGGUACCAGGGGCUGGAGACCUCGUGUCCAGCAGGAUGGAGCACCUUGUGGUGUCUCCAGGACAGGAGCUUCCAGAAGAAGUUUGGCUGUCACGAGGGAAGGAGCGAAGUCCCGUCGGAAGCAGAUGUUGGAGUGAGGAGCCAAGGCCAGCCAUGGCUUGUGAAGGAGGAAGAGGAGGAUAAACCUGGACUCAUGGAAGACAUAACCCACAGUGAGACAUUCCUGCUUCAUUCCGUAAUGGAGCAGCAGAGCCUGAAUCCUUGGGAACAGCUGUGGGAUGGCCCUGGGGAGAGGAGUCACGGGAACGCCCAAAACCAUGGACACACCUUGGGAGAGGCGACGCUUCUCCCGAGAACCCGGCAGCUGCGGGUGGAGGAGCUGAGAGCGGCGGUGGCGAAGGACCACGGCUACUGCCUGCGGAGUGAGCCGGGCACGCCCUGCGCCCCCCGGACCUGCUGCCUGUGGGAACACAACUACUGCCAGCAGCGCCGGGCCAGGGGCAGCCGCGAGGCCAGGGGGAACCACGAGGCCGGGAGGAGCCACGAGGCCAGCACCGCCCGCGCCAUGCGCCGUCAGCUGGCGCGGCGGCACUUACAAUGGGGCAGGACGUUCCGGAGAGCCAGGGAGAUCCUGCGGCGCUACCAGCCCUACUGGAGGUUGGGGUUUCCGUGGAGAGACCGCUCCAGCUCCGGCAGCGCCGCGCAGGGGACGAGCCCUGCGGUUUGUCCUCCGACGAAUGAAGCCGCGCCGCGCCAGCUCCAGGGCGCCGGGAAUGCUGAGGGGGAGACAUUGGACACACGACGUGCCCCGGAGGGGAUUUUGGGAACUGGAGGCUCCUCCCCUGCCCUAAUCCCGGAUGUAGGGGUGGGGAAGAGAGCAAAGCCUCUGGAGCAUCCUGGUGCCAGACAGGAGCUUGAAGGAGGUGCUGCACCCCAGGAAUCACAGGAGGCGUCGCUCCAGGACGUGUUCCGGAAUGUGCUGAAGACAGUCAGGUACAUACUGGACUCCCUGUGCCAGAAGUUUGAGCUCCAGGGGGUCUCCCAAGGGAAGAGCAUCUGGCCCAUUGUCAUCCAGAUUGACAACUUGACGGAGAUCAGGAAGCACUGACUCGCAGGGGAAACUUGAAUUGGAUUCCCUGAGGCACAGCACUCAAUCCCCCCCGGUUCUGGGGGGUUCAGGAGGAGAAACGUGGCAGAGGUGGACUGGGGGAGGUGAAACUGGGAAUGUGGAGCCUGCCCUGAACUGGGAUUGAUUGAGAGGUUUUGGAGAAAAGCAUUGGGAAAGGGGAGGAUUCAUGUGGUUCAAAGGAGGAAAGAAGGAAAAGUAAGCAUGGGAUCCUGAAAUCCUGGAAUGGUUUGGGUUGGAAGGGAUGUUAAAUCCACCUCUAAAAACCAACCAGGGGUUGGGCUGUGCUCCUGUCACCGAAACUACGGGAAAAACAAAAACCCUCCAACAACGUUUUUGGUGUUACACAAGGCAUUUCCUUAUUUCUGGCUGGGGUAUGCAACAGAAAUAAUUUCACCCACACAUGGCCUGGGUGUGCAGAGAAAACCAUUUCAUGACAGGCAAACUUUUACUCAAUUUUUCCCAAACUUUAUCCAGUCCAAAACCCACAGAAAUCCAUUGGUUCAAUCCUCAUUGGUUCCAAACUGCAGAGUUCUCAGAAUUCGGUUCCUUAUUGGACCAGGAUUAUUUUGCCUCUGAUGUUUAUUAGGCUGUCACUAAUUUCUUGAUCAGCCAUUUCCAGCCCCAGGGGUCUGGGGUAGAUGUUCCUUGAUGUUUGCUGAUGGUUGUUAUCUUUUUGGGUGUCUUUUGGGCUGUUCCCAGUUUGUUGAGACCUUAAAUUUAUCAGUCUUCACAGAGGCAAACAAUACCCUUGAAAAAAACAUUCCUCUAAUUCCCUUCUCCAAGUCAAGGGCAAACAGAGCCUGCCAAAAAAAUAAAAUAAAUUUUAAACGUUGUAUAGUUGCCAACACUCAGAGAACAGGGAGAGGAUGAGGAGAAACAGUCUCGAGUUGUGCCAGGGAGGGUCAGGUUGGGUUGGCUUGGAU